AUGCUUGAACGCCCCGAAUUGCGGCCCGCAAUCACACACUGUUGGAGCUUCAGCGACAAACAAUAGCAACCAUCCUGAGUGAAUUAGCUAGCUACUGAGAAUACUUUAUAUAGAAAUCCAAAAGGAACCAAGGUGGCAGCACUAGUUACAAUCCUAGCAUCUGCAAAACUGAAACAAAUAAGGAGAUCCAGCCCACGCCGAAAUCAGGUCUGUAAUACUGAGUGAAGGGCCGUGCGAGAGGGACUUAUAAAGAGAACCCACCUUGCUUGUGUGUAGAGGAGAGGAGUGCUCCUCAGUAGUAGCAGCAGUCAUGGGUCUGGUAGCCUACCUGAAGACCCAGUUUGUUCUGCAGCUCCUCCUGGGCUUUGUGUUCGUGGUGAGCGGCCUCCUCAUCAACUUCAUCCAGCUGUUGACGUGCGUCCUGUGGCCCAUCGACAAGCAGCUGUACCGCAGGAUCAACACCAGGCUCUCCUACUCCCUCUGGAGCCAGCUGGUGAUGCUGCUGGAGUGGUGGUCAGGAACACAGUGCACCCUCUACACAGAUCAGGCCACGGUGGACAAGUUCGGCAAGGAACACGUCAUCAUCAUCCUCAACCACAACUAUGAGAUUGACUUCCUGUGCGGCUGGACUAUCUGUGAGCGAUACGGAGUCCUAGGGAGUUCCAAGGUGCUGGCCAAACACGAGCUGCUGAAGGUGCCUCUGAUUGGCUGGACCUGGUAUUUCCUGGAGAUCGUGUUCUGCAAGAGGAAGUGGGAGGAGGACAGAGAGACCGUGUUCAGAGGGCUAGAAAGACUCAGAGACUACCCUGAGUUUAUGUGGUUCCUGCUGUACUGUGAAGGCACCCGCUUCACAGAGAAGAAGCACCAGAUCAGUAUGGAAGUGGCUGAGAGUAAAGGCCUGCCCAAGCUCAAAUACCACCUGCUGCCCAGAACCAAAGGCUUCACCACCGCACUCAAAUGCCUCAAGGGCACAGUGUCUGCUGUGUAUGAUGUCACACUGAACUUUAAAGACCACCAAGUCCCCACUCUGCUGGGCAUCAUCAACGGCAAGAAAUACAUGGCAGAUAUGAGAAUCAGGCGGUUCCCUGUAGAGGAGAUCCCAGAAGAUGAGAAGGAGUGUGCCAACUGGCUUCAUAAACUGUACCAGGAGAAGGAUGCUUUGCAGGAGCACUACCAUAAAGAAGGCACUUUCCCGGGUCCCACCAUCACCCCUCCUCGCCGGUUGUGGACUCUACUCAACUUCCUGUUCUGGGCGGCCCUGCUGCUCUCACCCCUCAUCAACUUCGCCUGCGGGGUGGUGGUCAGCGGCUCCCCCCUCCUCAUCCUCGGCUUCAGCCUCUUCCUCAUCGUAGCCUCCUUAGCCAUCCGGCGCCUGAUCGGUGUCACAGAGGUAAAGAAGACAGGCUCCAGUUACGGCGACGAGGGGUCCAAGAAACAGAACUAGACCUCUACCUCCCCCCUGUUGGUUGCUGUACGGUCCUCCUGCGGUUCCUAUCCCUCUAUUCUGUUGUCCUGCAGGUGCAGUCAGCACGCCGGGGAGGGGGCUAAGCCAUUACACCUAGAGAUAAAACCGAUAGAUCUGGAUGGGACCAAACCAUUACACCUAGAGAUAAAACCGGUAGAUCUGGAGGGGGCUAAGCCAUUACACCUAGAGAUAAAACUGAUAGAUCUGGAGGGGGCUAAGCCAUUACACCUAGAGAUAAAACCGAUAGAUCUGGAGGGGGCUAAGCCAUUACACCUAGAGAUACCACAGAUAGAUCUGGAGGGGGCUAAGCCAUUACACCUAGAGAUACCACAGAUAGAUCUGGAGGGGGCUAAACCAUUACACCUAGAGAUACCACAGAUAGAUCUGGAGGGGGCUAAGCCAUUACACCUAGAGAUAAAACUGAUAGAUCUGGAGGGGGCUAAGCCAUUACACCUAGAGAUAAAACAGAUAGAUCUGGAUGGGGCCAAACCAUUACACCUAGAGAUAAAACCGAUAGAUCUGGAGGGGGCUAAUCCAUUACACCUAGAGAUAAAACCGAUAGAUCUGGAGGGGGCUAAGCCAUUACACCUAGAGAUAAAACCGAUAGAUCUGGAGGGGGCUAAGCCAUUACACCUAGAGAUAAAACCGAUAGAUCUGGAUGGGACCAAACCAUUACACCUAGAGAUAAAACCGAUAGAUCUGGAGGGGGCUAAGCCAUUACACCUAGAGAUAAAACUGAUAGAUCUGGAGGGGGCUAAGCCAUUACACCUAGAGAUAAAACCGAUAGAUCUGGAGGGGGCUAAGCCAUUACACCUAGAGAUAAAACCGAUAGAUCUGGAUGGGACCAAACCAUUACACCUAGAGAUAAAACCGAUAGAUCUGGAGGGGGCUAAGCCAUUACACCUAGAGAUACCACAGAUAGAUCUGGAGGGGGCCAAACCAUUACAGAUAGAUAAAACAGAUAGAUCUAUAGGGGACCAAAACAUUACACCUAGAGAUAAAACCGAGGGAUCUGGAUAAUGAGAGGAAAGAAAGAGAGAGAGAGGUAUGACCAUGGAAGGAGUGUGGAGGGAAAGGAAGAUGGUCUGGAGCCAGCUCUCUGUGGAGUAGGAGAGGGUAGAAGGAGAGGCUAUGACCAGGCUCUUUGCCCCCCUUAACAACUCCCUCGGAUGUCCCCGGCCCCGCCCACUCUUCACCUCCUGACCACUGGGGUCCUCACCACCGGACAACUAAUCAGCUCACCACACAGAAGCAAGCCCACUUCCUGUUCUGAGCUAACCACUUCCUCUUCCUGUCACAUGCUCUGGUCCUUUUUUUUUUUUUUUUUUAGGUGGUGUUACUCAUGUUCACCUCUUGUAACAACAUACAGUACAUCGCCCCUCGUUCUACAAAAUGACUGGACUUCAAAUGGGAACCAGUUUCUUGAGGCUCAGCCUGGUUUCCACUUUGCUUUUAACCUCUAAGAAAAAGGUGCUUAUUUUUCACUGUGCUUCCUGUCUCUGCUGUGGGAGCCCGCCCCCUUUUAUAUUUGUUGUCCAGAUUCAAGAUCAAAUAUAAUGAGGCGUUUCCAUGAUUCUACAAGUCUAUGCAUUCUGGUCACGGUUGAAUAUUACCACGGCACUUAUUUUCAUCUGGGCUAUGUACAACAGCAGAGAUGGGACUUCCAGUGUUUUAAAUACUGAGGCAGGUUUCUAUGUGUUAAGACUACAGUAAGGGCUCUGUAUUCAUUAACUACACGCUAACUAACUAAUUACCUACUUACUAACAUUUUAUCUUUGACAUGAUAUUCGACUCCACUGUUCCAAUGCCCUCAAGUUCUGACUAAUUAUUAUUUUAUGUAGGUUGUUACCGCAUUCUCCCAUGCUUGCUCACAAGUAGAUGUCUGCACACACAUUACCAUGCCAUUUUAUGACUAGCCAGUUCCUGAGUGAACUUCUCUUCUUCUGUUGUCUCCGCUCUGUUUUACACAGCUCAACCACCCCUGGUGUCUUUACACAGCUCAACCACCCCCGGUGUCUUUACACAGCUCAACCACCCCCGGUGUCUUUACACAGCUCAACCACCCCCCAUGUCAGUGUGACUCUUAUAAUAACCAAUUCCAGUCAAAACAGACUAUAACCCCACCUACCCUUUUUAUAGUUGAAAUACACUUGCUACUGAUUCUCCUCUCCAGCUGUAGACUCUAGUAGUGUUUGCCUCUGCAAGGGUGACUGUUUGAUUGGUUACUAAGUUCCUGUCUCUUAGGCUAGGGUGAUUUGAUUGGUUACUAAAAUUCUAUUCCUACCUCAUCUCUUCCUCUACUAAAGUCUUGUACUCAGACACACUCCACGAUCCUUCAUCUGUAAUGAUGCACUGUGGGUAGUUGAAUUUUCUCCAUGAUAGUACUGGCAUGUUUAUUAGGCCCUGGUGUAUGUUGACAUGGUGCAGGAUUAAAAGGAUCUUAUUGAAUUGUAAUUACAUGUACAUGUGUCAUUUAACAGAAGCUCUAACCCAGAGCAAUUUACCGUCCUUAACAGUACUGUUCUACAUCUCAGUAGCCAGCGAUAUGUUACUAAAAGCUGCUUACAGACCCUGAGCUGCACAGGAAGGAGGUUUUUGCCGCGUUGUUUAUUUUUUGCUGCUAUUCCCAGCAUGCCACAGCACCACCCCUGGGCUCAGGCACUGCUACUGCACUUGCUUUCCAACACACCUGCACUUGCUUUGAACACAUCUCACAUUUGUUUAUCUAUUUACACUCUGAUGACCCGCCCCAUCUGUGAUCUGAAAGGGUUGUAUUAGGGAGGGUGCUGACUUUCCUUUACAAACUGGGAUUGACAUGAAAGCAGAUGUCAGAUUACAGGUGACUGGUAUUUCCUGAGUGCAACACGUCGUCAUCAUCAUCCCUUGUCUGGAGAAGACACCCAUUCUGUGUUACGACGUCACCAGCUUCUCUCCGUAUGUUGAUCAUGUCCUUUGUUCUUCUUUCAUUUUAUUGUAGUGUUUAAAUGGUUUUUAACCAGGACAGAUUCAUGCAAGCCUUAACAGAGUGCAGCUUCAUUAUAUUUUGUGAACGUAGGCAGACCACGCUUCCUCUGCCCCAUUAUAGUACAUUUGGAUUGACUAGUGGUGUGAGAGACUGAUUUAGUAAGAUUCACAUACAUCUGCCCUCUGUUAAAAAAAAAAAAAAAGAGGAACUCCUGUUUAUUUCUCAAUAUAGAAUCCUGGAAACAAGUAUUUUUUGGGGGGGUUAAUUGAUAAGGUAUAGUUAGUGUUAAGGCUGAAGAGAUGGGGGUUCCAUAAGAAUCUGCUUAUUGUUACAGUAAUAGUUAAGAGGGCCCCAUUUUUAGCAAUAGACUCCGUGUCCUAUGAUGCUUCUGUGUUCGAUAGCUCUGUUACAAAUCCUGUUACAUCUCUCAACUGUCAAUACAACUGUUACAGUAGCUUAGGAGAGAUCUGGGCCCGUAUCCACAGAGUCUCACAGUAGGACUGCUGAUCUAGGAUCUUUCCAUAUAUUCUUAUUCAUUCUGAUCUAAAAGGCUAAACUGGUCCUAUAUCAGCCCUCCUGCUCUGAGAGGCUUUGUGGAUACGAGCCCUGUUCUAAGUUGUGGGGCAUACGUUUUAUCUCAUCUCCACAGUGUCCUUCCCAUACUGUAAUUCCAAACUACAGUACCCAUCGGGCACUGGUGCAGUCCCACCACUCCCUCAGGUAUCUAUCAGUUAGCUGUGUUUACACAGGCAGCCCAAUUCUGAUAUUUUUUUCACUCGUUGGUCUUUUCACCAAUCUGAUCAGAUCAGCUGGAGAAAGGACCCAAAUUACGCUUCCUGUGUAAACGCAGCCUAUGGUGUAUCUAUUCCAGAGCAACAGGACAAAUGCAGAGAAGUUAACACUAUUUGACAUUUUCUAACACUGGAGGUUUGUACUGCAAAAAAAAUCCCACAAAUUUCAGAUUUUCUUAUUUUUGUUAAAGUUCUCGAAACUAAAGAAACAAUGUUUGAAAUUCAACACUGAAAUAUGAACCUUUUUUGGCAUGAAAGUUGUUCACUUAAAAGUGGCAUCUCGACUCAACUUACAUUUGUCUUUUUUCUAAGUCUAUUUGUAUCUGUUGUUUCUUUAAGUAAACAAUUAAGAAUAUUAAAGGAUUUAAUCAGGCAA